AUGCUGCUGUCCGCCCUGGCCUUUACAGUGGCAUUCUGGCUUCUCUCCGGCGGCCAGCGGAAGGAAAUCCCCCAAUUUGACGCCCGGCAGCUGGAACAACAGUAUCCUUUAGUAUGGAAGCACAUUCACUCGUUUGAUGGAGUUGGAGGAGCAUGGUACAUUCCUCCGAGCUGGCUCGCCGACGACCAGACGCCGCCAACAGACAUUGUCGAGGCUGCAAGUCUGGCGUCCACGGCCGCCCUCUUCGCACGCGAACGGCAGGUGGCCUUUUCCAACGUUCCACUUCUGAUGCAUCAGACCGGAGCUUCAUCCAAGGUCAACACCUGGAAGCCUGAUGUCGUCCCAUGGGUCGAGCGGUGGCUUGAGUAUUCCGCGUCUCCUAACAAUAGUGAGCCUAUGGCGUACUUCUUUUGGGACGACGAAGGAAUCGCCAUGCUCAUGGAUAAGUAUGAUAAGGGGUUUGUUGAGGAUUUCAACGCAAUCUUCACGCCCGUCGAGAGGGCAGACAUCUUCCGCAUCGUGACGUGCCUAUACUUUGGAGGGAUUUAUGCCGACAUUGAUACAGAACCUCUCCGACACCCGGCGCAUUGGAAUCCCGAAGAGGAGGCUGCUUCGCCUUCCGCCAAUGGCAAACAGCCCGUUAACCUUAUCUGGGGGCUUGAAGCUGACACAGAUCCAAAUACAAACACCUAUUGGCGGAUGGGAUACACGUAUCCGAUCCAGCUUACUCAAUGGGCGCUGGCGUCUGCUCCUGGGCACCCGGCCCUGAAGCAGUUCAUGGACAAUCUUUACGCCGAGGUGCUCUUGGAAAAGAAUGCGACUACGAAUGAUCCCAACAGGGCCGACCCUCUCACGCGAACCGGUCCUGCUGCUGUCACGCUGGCUACUCUCCUGUGGCUGGAGCAUGACAAUGGGUUUAGGUGGAACGCCCUAACUGGGCUGAAAGACGGAGGCAAAACGAAGCUCGUGGCAGAUGCUUUGAUUUUGCCAAUUACUGGCUUCAGCCCCGGUCGCGGAUCCUACGGAAACAUGGGUUCGAAGCCUAUUACGGAUCCAGAUGCCCGACUUGUCCAUCAUGCCUUGGGCUCAUGGCGGAAAUUCGAUCUGCUAGUCGAGUAUGGCAAGUUUUGUCGCACAGUAUUUGGUCUUUGCAAAGACUGGACCAAGGUCCCGGCGCCACAACGCGGAUUAUAA